UUGUAGCGGUAUUUUUUGCUAAUCUCCGCUGUUAUUAACGUGCAUGUCUUACUUUUUUCAUUAUGAACUUGUUUUUUAGAACGAUAUCCCGUUUUAUUCUACACCCGUUGAAAUAACUGAGUGCAUUUUCCCCAAAGCAAGGCCUAGUUUAAAUACUUUAAUUCGGUUUUUAUUCUCUAACUGCUAAAAUGCCUUCGGAAAUUAAACAGAGGAAGAAGACUCUAAAACAGAACGACGAAACUUCGCAUAAUUCCACUGCUAACGGAAAGGAUGAAGCGCAAAAAGCGAAGUUGGAAGAAGCAGAGAACAGUGGAGCAAAUAAAAAGUCCUCAGCUUCAGACGUGAAAGGUUUGAUGUGUUUACUGUCGCUUGUAGCUUGCGGAAUUCUGAGUUGGGUGGUGCUGCAACAGAAUGAAAAGUUUUCUCAAAUCGAAGAGAAGUACAGAGUUCUGCACGGGAAAACUUCCAGCCUGUUGCUCAUGGAGGAGGAGAUGGUUAAAGUUUCCAAGAAGCUUGCUGCAUCCGAGGAUGACCUUCAGGAGGCGCUCUCUACGGUUUCCACGGCAACCAGACUCCAGCAGGACAUCUCCGGUCUCCACAGCGUUAUCAUGGCAAUGCAAGCCGAAGAGAACGCCGCUUCCCGAGACCUGCAGACGGUUAAUGCCCACUUCCUCAACGUGACGGAGACGUGGCAGGAGAGGCUGGCGGCCAUCAACUCGGACCUGGUGGCCCUAAAGGCCGAGGCCAGGGAGGCCCAUGCCGGCGCCACGGAGCAGGUAAACGAGGCAGAGCAGAGGGCGCGGACGCUGGCGAAAAGGCUGGAGGAGCUGGAGGACAGCACAAAGAGGAACGCCCGGGUUCUGGAGCGGACAGAAGAGGACGAUGCCAAGCGGGCGCAAGAUCAGCUGGACUGGAACACCAAACAGAUCCAUAAGCUGCAGGAGCAGAUCAGCAGCCUCACCAAGAGGGAAGCUGAGCUGAGCUCCCAGGUCCAGGAUUACAUCCCCAAGGCUCAGCAGUGUGAGGAGAACCUUCCACAGGUGGAGGAGGCCGUAGGCUCCAUCCUGAAGCUGAGCAGCGAUCUAAGCGGGGCAGAGAGGAGGUUGGAGGAGGCAACGCUGCAGGUGUUUGGGACGGAAGACAGCAUGCUGAAAGCUCUGAACGAGAUCCUGGAGAUCAGACAGGAGCUGGACACACUGCACUCACAAAACAGCAUUCUGAAGAUGAAGAAUGAGCUGUCCGUAGUUAAAGAGGCAGUCAGUGAACUCACCAGGGUUCUGAGGGGAAACAGGGCGGAGACCCAAACAGACACUUUGGAGGAUGAGGAAUGGAAAGAUGACGAGGAUGAGCCGUGGCUGGAAAAUGAGCUAAACGAAGCAUCUGAACGUCUUCAGAAUGACAUUAUUGAAUGAGUGUUUGGGAACCAGGGCUGCCAGGGCUUUUUCUGAAUGUUUUCUGUAGUUUUUUAGUCAGACCAUGUGUUGCAUUUGCUUUUUUUUUUAAACAUUUUUACCUCAGAAAUAGCAUCACAGAUGUCAGCAGUCACAUCUGUGCUGCAUGUUACCCUGCUCUUGAUCUCAGUAUUACGCGUGUUAUAGGUGAUAUUGUCACAUUUUCAAACACUGAAAACAGGAAACGUUGUUAUUUUGAUUUGACUCAAUAAAGUAACUUUUUUAAAAGAA